GCUCAUUUAGGCCCCCACACUCGCAUCUUCCACUCUGACGUAGCAGUGUUGAUAUUGCACAUGCUUUACAACUAAAAGCUGUUCACAACUGAAGACCUUCAUCACUCCAUACGGACAGUACCGAACACGGUACAAUGGCCGACGCCAAAGUGAAGAAGGAGUGUGACCCUGCUGAUGCUGCGGUGAUUGAAAACAGGAUCAAGGAGCUCUGUAUACAGUUCCCUCAGGGGAUCACGGACCAGGUGAUCCAGAACGACAUGCCCCACCUGGAGCCCACGCAGCGGGCCAUGGUCAUCAACAAGCUGCUGUCUGUGGGUCAGUUGGACUUGCUGAGGAACAGCUCUGGUCUCCUGUAUCGUAUGAAGGACGCUCAGUCUGCCAGUAAGAUGAAAGGCUCUGACAACCAGGAGAAGCUGGUCUACCAGAUCAUCGAGGACGCAGGCAACAAAGGUAUCUGGACAAGAGACAUGCGAUUCAAGAGCAACCUGCCCCUGACUGAGGUCAACAAGAUUCUGAAGAACCUGGAGAGCAAGAAGCUGAUCAAGGCCGUCAAGUCGGUCGCUGCCUCUAAGAAGAAGGUGUACAUGCUGUACAACGUGCAGCCGGACCGCUCGGUGACGGGCGGGGCCUGGUACAGCGACCAGGACUUUGAGUCGGAGUUCGUGGAAGUCCUUAACCAGCAGUGCUUCAAGUUCCUGCAGAGUAAGGCGGAGGUGGCCCGGGACAGUAAGCAGAGUCCGAUGAUCCAGAGAAACAGCUCCUUUGCCACGUCUCACGAGGUCUGGAAAUACAUCUGUGAGCUGGGUAUUAGUAAGGUGGAUCUGUCCAUGGAGGACAUCGAGACGAUCCUCAACACGCUGAUCUACGACGGCAAGGUGGAGAUGACCAUCAUCGCGGCCAAGGAGGGGACGGUUGGGAGUGUGGACGGUCAGAUGAAGCUGUUCCGUGGGGUCAACCCCAUCAUCCAGCCCACUGGCCUCGUCAAAACCCCCUGCGGACUCUGCCCGGUGUUUGACGAGUGCCACGAGGGCGGAGAGAUCUCGCCGUCUCGCUGCAUCUACAUGACCGAGUGGUUGAACUUCUAGCGCCCUGACCUGGCCGCCAUAUUAUUUUCUCUGUGAGGAAAAGCUUGUAAAUCUGUUGUAUGUAUUUUUGGAUUCUUGGGAAUAAAAACCAAAACAAAAGGUUU